AUGCCUCCUCGACGGCGUGCCUCCGAUCCGAAACGGAGACAGCGCGUGUGCCUGCCUGGAGGGGCAGCAUCGCCAACACAUGUCGGCCACGCUCGCCUUGCCAACUCGACAUGCACCUCGGCCAGAGCCAGAGCCGGACCAGUAGUAGCCCCUGCAACGGCACAGGCAGCAACGAGCAUUCGGCACGAGCUCGACUUGGUUCGCGUUGUCCUGCCAUUUCCUGCUGCGAUUGUCUCAGUUGGGCACGCUCCGCAUCCUCCUCCUCUCCACCUCCUCAUCCUCAUCCUCCUCCUUGCCGUCGUUGCGUGCAUCCAGCAGCGUCUUGGCCUCGAUUCGCGAUCAUUCAUCGCCGACCGUCUGCUUGUUUUGGCAUCAUCCUCGACACCAUCUCUGGAUCGCAACAACCUCCUCGCCUCCUUCUCGUCGCGCUUCCUUGAUCGCCUUCACGCAAUGCCUUCCAUCACAGCCAAGCUCAAGGCGGGUGCGCUCGCAUCGCUCGCCCUCGUCGCGCUCGCUCAGCAGGCAUCCGGCUCCAAACCGCGCCUCAACCGCAUCGACGUCGACCUCCACGCUCGCGACCCAUCCCUUCACGACAAUCUGCCCCUCUUCACCGACGGCCUGCUCGACUCGCUCAACCACCGCCUCCUUCCAAGACAGUCCCAAGAGACUCAGGACUCCAUCCGCGAUCAAUCCGCUGUCGACCCUAUCGCCGCCGCACAGGCUGCUGACGCCCUUCCCAACGUCGCCAACAACGCCGCAGGCGGCACAGACACCACCGGCAACCUCUUGCAGGGCGAUGGGUACUCAAACUUCGCGUGGAAUCAGAACGUACCCUUCAUCCCGAGCGCAGCCACAAACGGUUCCGAUGAGACCGGCUGGCAGGAGCUUCCAGACACGCCCGGCUUCACCCUCAAUCGCACCUUCUCCGUCCACAACGUAUUCAAAAACGAGUCCGGCGUCAUGCCCUUCUACAUCUCCACCGUCGCAGAUCCAACAAAGGUGCUACGCGCCAUCGUCGUCUGGCCAGGAAAGCCGCGCGACAUCUGGAAGUACGCCAACCUCAUGCUCAAUGCGAGAAACGUCGCCGUCACCAACUUCAAUCAGCAGGGCGUCACAAACGACUCGUUUGUCAUCGUCGCUCCCGCCAUGCUCAAUCAGCUCGAUCUGCAAGCCGGCGCUGCACGUCCCAACGAAAUCGUCUUCCACGGUUCCAGCUGGCAGCGCGGCGCUCCUUCCCGAAAUCCUCCCAUGAAGCAUGCAGUCACCAGCUACGCCGCCGUGGAUCAGAUCAUCGACGAUCUCUUCAACAGGACCUCCUAUCCCAACCUCAACCAGGUCGUCGUCGCCGGCCACUCCAUGGGCGGUCAGGCAACGCAGCGCUAUGCGCUCAUGAAAAAGACCAAGGUCUACGACAACAACGUGCGCUUCUGGAUCGGCAACCCCGGCUCCUGGGCAUGGCUCACCGAUGCGCGACCCUACUCCAACGCUUCCUGCGCCGCCGGCAACGAGUACGACACCUGGCCCUACGGCCUCAACGGCAACCAGACAAAGCUCACCUCCUACGCUCGCAAGGAUGUGAUCGCCAACAAGACCUACGUCAUCGAUCGAUUCCUCAACCGCCAAGUCUCGUAUGCACUCGCUCUGCUCGACAUCGGCGCAGGUGACACCCACUGCCAAGCACGAUGGCAGGGAGGCAACCACUUGGACCGAGGCUCCCAGUUCGUCCUCCAGUACCAGAACGCCUCCUCCUUCUACCUCAACGGCAAGUUCCCGCCCAGGCACACGCUCGACUACAUUGCCAACGUCUCGCAUCAGGACUACGCCAUGUACUCGACCAACAUGUCGCUCCAGCGCCUCUUCUACGACGGCCUCAUGGUCCGCAACGCCGACGUCGCCAACACCACCAACCCAGGCGACAAGAAGAACAGCACGCGCCCCAAGGGUGCCAAGGCCUUCGCCACGCCCGCGCACGAAAAGGUGGCCAUCGGCCUGCUGGCAGGCUCGCUCGGCCUCCUCUUUAUCGUCUUCACCGCCCUCCCCAUCAUCUUUACCGCAGACCACGUCAAGGACGUCGACAUGUCCUGGGACUCGCAGAGCUACCUCAGCACCGAGUCGCGCAGGAUGCUCGUCGAUCGCAAGUGGUAG